UUCGCGUUCGCAAUUCAAAGUCAAACAAUAUGAAAUAUACAAUCGCUAUUGUCUUCGCCGCCAUCCUGGCCGUCGUUCUGGCUGCUCCCCUGGAUAAUAGCCAGCAAGCACAGAUUGUGCGCCUGCAGUCCGAUGUCCAGCCCGGUGGCUACAAGUUUGGCUGGGAGACCAGCGAUGGCCAGAAGCACGAUGAGGAGGGCACUCUGAACAACGCCGGCAGUGAGAACGAAUCGAUCGCUGUCCGUGGCUCCUACUCCUUUACCGCUGACGACGGCCAGGUCUACACUGUGAACUAUGUGGCCGAUGAGAAUGGCUUCCAGCCCGAGGGCGCUCACUUGCCCAAUGUGCCAAUUAGCCACUAA